CCCAGGCUGUGCGGGUCUCAGGGCCAGGAGCUGGCAGGCUGCCCUGAUGGGCGGACGGACAGCCGCCUGGCUCCCCCCUUCCCUCUCCCCUUCAGUGAUGUCAGGCCAAGGGCGGGGGCAGGAGGGGGACAGGUAGUUAAGGGCCAGGCGUCUCUCUCCCUAAACCGGUGGCCCCAGCCAAGUGUUCCAACGCCAGGGUGCAGAUGUUAUGGAGCUGGGUCUGUCUCCACCUCAUCUCAGCAGCUCCCCAGAAGAUCUGUACCUGACCCCUGGGACCCCUCCUGGGACUCCCCCGCCUCCCGAUGCCCCUCUGCCUGGGGAGGUGAAGAGGUCCCAGCCUCUGCCCAUUCCAACCAGCAGGAAUCUUCUUCGAGAGGAGGAGCUGCGGACAAGCUCUCUACCCUCCAUCCCCAACCCCUUCCCUGAGCUCUGCAGUCCUCCUUCACAGACCCCCAUUCUUGGGGGGCCCUCCAGUGCAAGGGGGCUGCUCCCUCGAGACGCCAGCCGCCCCCAUGUAGUAAAGGUGUACAGUGAAGAUGGGGCUUGCCGGUCUGUGGAGGUGGCGGCAGGUGCCACGGCUCGCUACGUGUGUGAAAUGCUGGUGCAGCGGGCUCACGCCCUGAGCGAUGAAAACUGGGGGCUGGUGGAGUGCCACCCCCAUCUGGCGCUGGAGCGGGGCUUGGAGGACCACGAGUCAGUGGUGGAAGUGCAGGCUGCCUGGCCCAUUGGUGGAGACAGCCGCUUUGUCUUCCGGAAGAACUUCGCCAAGUAUGAACUGUUCAAGAGCUCCCCACACUCCCUGUUCCCGGAAAAGAUGGUCUCCAGCUGUCUGGAUGCACACACAGGCAUAUCCCAUGAAGACCUCAUCCAGAACUUCCUGAAUGCAGGCAGCUUCCCAGAGAUCCAGGGCUUCCUGCAGCUUCGAGGGUCAGGACGGAAGCUUUGGAAACGCUUCUUCUGCUUCCUGCGCCGGUCUGGCCUCUAUUACUCCACCAAGGGCACCUCCAAGGAUCCAAGGCAUCUGCAGUAUGUAGCAGAUGUGAACGAGUCCAACGUGUACGUGGUGACCCAGGGCCGCAAGCUCUAUGGGAUGCCCACGGACUUCGGCUUCUGUAUUAAGCCAAAUAAGCUUCGAAAUGGCCACAAGGGGCUUCGGGUCUUCUGCAGCGAGGAUGAGCAGAGCCGCACCUGCUGGUUAGCAGCUUUCCGCCUCUUCAAGUAUGGGGUGCAGCUGUAUAAGAAUUAUCAGCAGGCACAGUCUCGCCACCUGCGUCCGUCCUGUGUGGGUUCCCCACCUUUGAGGAGUGUCUCUGAUAACACCCUGGUGGCCAUGGACUUCUCUGGCCAUGCUGGGCGUGUCAUCGAGAACCCCCGGGAAGCUCUGAGUGCAGCCCUGGAGGAGGCCCAGGCCUGGAGGAAGAACCAUCGUCUCAGCCUGCCCACCCCAGGCUCAGGCACGAGCCUCAGUGCAGCCAUCCACCGCACCCAACCCUGGUUCCAUGGACGCAUCUCCCGAGAGGAGAGCCAGCGGCUCAUCGGGCAGCAGGGCCUGGUGGACGGCCUGUUCCUUGUUCGAGAGAGUCAACGGAACCCACAAGGCUUUGUCCUCUCUCUGUGCCACCUGCAGAAGGUCAAACAUUAUCUCAUCCUCCCGAGCGAGGAGGAGGGCCGCCUCUACUUCAGCAUGGAUGACGGCCAGACUCGCUUCACGGACCUGCUGCAGCUUGUGCAGUUCCACCAGCUGAACCGUGGCAUCCUGCCAUGCUUGCUGCGCCACUGCUGUACCCGCGUGGCCCUCUGACGGCCACAGAAGCAGGCAUGGGUCUCAGCCUGUUCCAGGCUGGCCACUGCCCCCGAUGCUCACAGGGUGGACUUGGAGGGGGCAGAAGGUGGGGACAGGCUCAUGAACAAUUAUUGGAGGGCUCUCCUACUCCAGAGGGUCUUCUCCUCGGCCCCUCUGCCUCCCUCAGGCAGAAAGUGCUCCUCACCCACUCCACCCCCGACCUGUCUCCUCAAGAGAAGGCACUUGGGGUGGCCCUCCCCUUCACGGAACUCCUGGGCACUGCCCUGGGCAGGGCAUUUUGGGAGAAAUGGGGUAGCCCAGGUGGUCUUAUGCCCCACACUUUGUACAGACUGAGAGGCCAGUUGAUCUGCCAUGUUUUAUACUAGUGACAAUAAAGAUUAUUUUUUGAUACA